AUGAUAGAAUCUGUAGUUUUUGAUUGUUUUUCUACGGAACUAGGCGAAUGUUUCUGUUGUGAAACUGAAGAUAAUGAAGUCUGUUACUUGAAAUUGAUGGUUAAUAACUCUGACAUGGAUGCAACUUACGAUCGCAUGAUGAAGUAUUUCAACAAUCCAAAAGCCAGGAAAGGUAAAAUGAAAAACGAAAAACAUAUAAAAUUAGCUUGUUCUGGAAAGCCUGUAGAUGUACCUGUAAGCAUGCAUGGAACACCGUUCUUCGUCGAAGCAUGGAAAGCGAUGAAACAAAUACCGAUAGGAACUUGCAUGUCUUAUGCUGCUCUCGCUGAGAAAGCUGGCAGGCCAAAAGCUGUCAGAGCUGUAGCCUCUGCUUGUGCUCGGAACCCUGUCGCUAUUCUGGUCCCAUGCCACAGAGUCAUAACGUCAUCUGGCACAAUUGGUGGAUAUGGCUUCGGAUUGGAGAAAAAACGACAAAUUUUGAAACUGGAAGGGUACUUGGCUUUCGAGAAAGUUUAA